AUGUCCAGAGUGGAGGCUUUUAGGGACACAAACCUUCGCUCCCUAUUGAGGGAGUUGCGCACAGACAUAGCUAUGGCUGUAGAUGACCCUUUCCCUCUUGUCUUUGGUUUGGUGGACAAAAACAUCAUCACUGACCAACUGCUGAAGGACACUCUAGAGAAGGAGAGUAGAGAAGGGAUCCACAAGGCCAUGUACUCACUCUUGUCCUGGGUCCUGGAGCAGAGCAGAUCCACCAUCCAGGCCUUCUGGAGCAACAUGAACAAAGACUACAACCUGGACAGCUACCCCAAGCUGCAGACACUGCUCACUAACCUGCACUCAAGACAGGAUGCUGCAGGUUCCAGAAGUGAGAAGAAAUCUUCUGGUGGUGACAAAACACCACACAUGAAGAAAAGGAGCCACGAGGACAGAGACACCAACUCCCGCAAUCAGCAUUCACAGUAUCAUGCCAAGACAAGCAACAUGUCAGGGAGUAAAGUGAAGUUAUACAGAGUGAAGAGUGAAGCUCACGCCCCGCAGCUACCAUCUGGAAAUGGUGUGCAGGCAGUGUCCUCCUCAGUCCAGAGAGGAGUCACCCUGUCCUCCUCCUCCCCCUGCACUGAGCCCACAAUCAGCGAUGACGCCAGAGAAAAGAUCCACAUCAAGCAGCUGUUUGGUUCAGAUGGGACUGCCAGAAAGUGUAUUAAAGUUGGUGGGGAGUUUUACUCUUGUGGUCCAUUAGAGGAGACAAGUGUGACGUCUCAGUCCAAGGCUGCUGGGAACACAUUUCACCACAAGGGGGAGACAACCACAGGCAUGGUUCACUAUAAUGAUGAUGAGUGUGCAGUAUGUAAGGACGGAGGGGAGCUGAUUUGUUGUGACGGUUGUCCUCAAGCUUUUCAUCUGAUCUGUCUCGACCCUCCACUUACAUCCAUACCAAGUGGCACUUGGCAGUGUGAACAGUGCUGUGGCAACAGAGUGAAAAGAGAGAAAGCCCAACUACCUUUACAAGCACUCAUGGCCACGCCUCAGCAAACAAACACCAACUUCAGUAACUCCAUCAUGGAGGUGUCUUUCUAUUCGCCACUGUCGUCCUCCUCCCUCACAAGUGUCACAGCUUCUAUGAAUGGGCCCAGUGCCAUAAACCAGUGCCCAGGUGGAGAUCUGGUCAGUGUGAGAGAGGUGUGCGGUGUUUGUCACCUCGGAGGAGGAGACCUGAAUCAAUGCCUCCAUUGUUUGGCGUGUUUCCACGUACACUGCCUCUUCUCAAAAGGGAGAUCCACCUGCUUGUCCUGCUCCAGGCCCUGGGGCAGCUCUGCAGAGAAAGAGGCUGAAUCCAGAGGUUUACAGCUCACCCCAGUGGUUCAAAACACACUCAGUCAUGAUCAGAGCUCCUCGGCCCCUGAGCCGAUCUUCCAUAAAGACGAACUGGACUCCAUCCUGGGAGAUCAGGGCUCCAUUGAUGGCAUCUUGCAGUGGGCUUUCCACAACAUGUCUCGGCCUCUUUCAGACUCUCAAGGUUGUUACCAGUGACAGACAGAUUAUCGGGCCCAACCUUAUGCAGGAGCUCUCAAGGUCUGAAGUGCAUCGGUGAAAUGAACAUAGUAUCUGAUUUAAAAUGAAAACUAUUAUGCUUCUUUCUAAUAAAUGUACAGCUGUGAA